UUUUAUGGAAUUUUUCGCUCGUCAACAAAAGACUAUUGAAAAAUACGUGAAAAAGGAUUUUAAUCCGCAAAAGUGUUAAAAAUCAUUCAAAAACUAUUCAGUGAAGGCAAAUUUGAUGAAAUUCAAUCCCGAAAGUUGUUAGAUUUCGGAAAAAAUUAAGAAAAAAAUUAAGAUUUUUUUCAAAUAGGUAAGUUUUCAAGUAUUCAGUUAUUAUUUUGUGUGUGUGUCGUUACGUUGGGGUAUCUGCCGAGCAAUGAUGGAUACCAACAAACAACCGUUGAUGAACACACCGCCGCCGCCCUUAAUGGGCACAAAUUGGAGUCCUCAGCAACAGCAGCAGCAACAACAACAAGCGCAAAAUUGGCAGAGCAUAAAUUGGUCGAAUUACUACAGUUAUUACAACAAUCAGAUGCAAGUGACGCAAACGAAUAAAAAUGCGCCUCCCGGGUUUGGAAAUGCCGUCGUUUUAAACAAUGGAGACGAUCAGCAUUUUCCUCCGUUGCCAAGUGGUCCGGGACCCAUUCGUUUUAAUUUGAACCAAAAUAAUCGGUAUAACCCGAUGUUGGCGAAUCACAAUCCGCUCUCGGAAUCGCCGAAUCAGGGUCAGUUCAUGAGUAAAAAUCAGAAGAAAAAGAAUCGAAAAAAGGCGAAACAAGCGAUGAUGCAAGCGCCGCAAGCUCCCGUCAUUGGUCCCGCGCCUUUUGUCGCCGCAGCGAAGCAACUUGAGUGUCCCCCGCCCCCCACAAUUACGGGAAUUGACUUUUCGCGUCCUCCGCCGCCAUUACCUGUGGAAACGUCGCCCGCUCACAACAGUCCCGCAUCCGCAAAUAUUUCGUCGCCAUCUACGCCGCAACCGUACAAAGCACCAACGACGCCAAAUCCGUCGCUCGGGACAACGCAAAACCCCACAGAUGCCUGGCCCGAAAGUUUAAACAACUUUGUGAACCGCUGCUACUCGAAAUGCAAGACGAAAGUCGACAAAGAUCAAAUCGACAUCAUUCUCAAGGGCAAAAUUACGAGUGCCGCUGCCAAGGGAGCUCUUUUCACGACAGAUUGGGACAGCGAACCGACCCCCAGUGUUCACAGCGAACGUCUUGCCCAACAAGUACUCAAAACAAAUACGCCAAUUAUGGGCACCGUUACUUCCAUUUCGCCCAAACCGCAACCACAGGCAGUCAAUGUGCCUCAAAAAGACAAGAAAACUGCUCAAAAAUUGAUGAGUUCGCGUCUCGGCAUCAAAAGUUUGGCAAAAUCGAGGUCAAAAUCGCCGCGAAAACGAAGAAGUCGAUCGAGCGACAGCGAUUCGUCGAGUUCCUCACGUCGCAAAUCCGUUCGCCGAGACUCGAGUGACGACGGAAGUGUGACUUUUUCGAACAACGGCAAAAAAAUGGGCGGUAAAAAUAAUAAAAACAACAAAAACAAGCAAAAUAAGCAAAAAACGAAGCAACAGAAGAAAACGGGAGGAUUUUAUUCGGAAUACGGCACCAUUGGAGGCGAUGUCGAUGGCGAUAAGGAACGUUUGCAACAACGCGCCGCUCGUUUCAAGCAACAUUCAACGAAUACAGCGAAGAAACAAACUGCUCCGCUUCAGGUUAGAAAUAAAAAAUUGCAAGCGGUGACAGCGUCGCGACUCUACGUCGACGAUUCGGGCUUCGAUGGUGACGACGAUUUCGAUGUGCUGCGUGAUUUACACAUUGUUGGUACGUGCAAAGACUUGGAAAAGUCCUUUUUGCGUUUAACGAAGGCGCCGAGUCCGUCGGAAGUACGUUCGCCCGAAGUUCUUGUCUAUUCGCUGCAAAAUGUCAAAUCGAAGUGGCUGGAGAAGCAAGAUUACUUUUAUGCGUGCGAUCAACUCAAAUCUAUCAGGCAGGAUUUAACGGUACAAGGAAUUCGGGAUGCAUUUACGGUAAAAGUUUACGAGACUCACGCCAGAAUUGCCAUGGAAAAGGGAGAUCACGAAGAAUUUAAUCAGUGUCAGACACAAUUGAAAAAUUUAUAUAGCGAAGUAGGGGGAGAAAAUCAACAGGAGUUCUUGGCAUACCGUAUUCUGUAUUAUAUUUUUACCAAAAAUACCUUAGAUCUCACAACCAUCCUUAAAUCCUUGUCUGCCAAAGAUCGCGAAGUCGAGGUGAUCGCGCACGCACUUCAGCUACGUUCGGCAUGGGCUUUAGGCAAUUACUGUAAGUUUUUCAAAUUAUACAAGAGUGCGCCGCUCAUGUCCGGCUACAUGAUCGACUGGUUUGUGGAGCGAGAACGUAAAUUGGCUGUGAAGAGUGUCGUCAAAGCUUAUCGACCAAAUAUUUCGGUGGACUUUGUUUCACGUAUGCUUGGAUUUGAAACGAGCUCAAAGUGUGAGGAAUGGCUGGCAACUCUUAAUCUUACUUUAGUACCUGCGAGUAACUCGACAACCGCUAAUUCUAGUUGUAAAAGUGAAUCAACCAUGAUUGAUUGUAAAGCCAGUAUGAGUGCGCUACCGAAUUUCUAAAGAAAAAAAAAGUAUAGGACUCAAAAAAUUUAUAGAAAAAAGACAUUCGACGACAAUAGUGAAAGAAAAAAGUGUUAAAAAAGACUUUUUCAAAUGAAAAAUGAUCAAAAAUUAGGACAAUACACAAAAAAUGUAGCAAAAGUGAACCAAUAUCGGACUAAAAUGAUAGCAAUAUCUCGUGUCAAAGCCAUUCCAGUUGCUUCCGCUCAUUUUCGAUUAUGUUUCUAUAUGCACGUUACAUAGUUAAGUCACAUCGAUCGUCAUUCACUUGCUCGAUUGGACGCUAUUUAAACAUAAAUUUAGAUUUAGAGACACGGAAACUCGUCAUUCGCACCUUUAGAGACUCAGGAAUGGACCGAAAAUCAACCCAGCAACCCGAAAUGGAUGAAGGAAGACAAAAAAUCAACGACUUUACAUGGAAUGGAGCAUCGCAAAGGACUUGGAUUGAACUCUUCACAGACUGGGAUGUACCAAAUGUUCAAAAAAAUUUAAAAAAAUGAACUUUUGAUGAGGAAAGUUGAAGUCAAAGACGAAAAAAGGGACAAAAAUCGAACUUUUGAUGAGGAAAGUUGAAGUCAAAGCCCAAAAAAGGACCAAAAACAAAGGAAAUCUUCCAUUAAAAGGACGUUAUGAUGCCCGAGGGAUGCCAUAAGACGCUCAAAAGACGACAAAAAUAAGCUAAAAGGAGAAUUUAAAGUCAAAAAUUGAGCUAAAAAGUAAAAAAAUGCUCAUUUCCGGAUGAUUUCUUCCAAAAAACGCGAAAAUCUUCGAUAAAAGGUCAACUGCGCUACUUAAUUCCUACAUGCACACACAUUAAAUCACAAAAUACUCGAUCAUCCACGUAGCUUCCCUUUUCGAAAACUAUGGAGAUACGUUGUUGUUGUUUUGCUGCUGUUACUGCGAUCAAAGAAUUUCUUAUUUUUAGUUGAUUUUUAUAAUUUUUUUUAUAAAUUUUCGUUAUUUUAUUCCUUAUUAUUACGUAUUUAACUAUUAAACGCCAUAUUUUGAACGCUUGCCGUUUUUUUCAUCGACUAUUUAUUGAAUGAACUGCCUUCGACGCCCUUGAAGGUAGAUUUUUGUUAACAAAAUUACAAAUUUUUUACAAGAC